GAGAUUUUACGAAAUGGAAAUUAUUUUUUGAGAUGAAAUAAAAACAGAAAGAGCAAGAAGUUGGAGGUCUUCACUUCCCCCACUGUUAUGUACUUUUUCGAGCCGAACUCCGUAAAGAUGCGUUGGCCGGUUCCGCUUCCGUCUCCUUCCACGUUCUCGGAAGUAUCCUACAGAAAAAGACAGGCAGGUCAUAUUUGUAUUGCAAAAAUGAAUAGAUAAAAAAUCUUGCAUGUCCCAAGUAGCAGCAUGCUAUGGGGUCACCCAUAACAGAUUUUUCUGCUAUUUUACUUUUGCAUUGCAAAUAUGCGUCUGCCCUGCCUGCUUUUUUCUGUAGGAUAGGAAGCGAGUGAGAGCACCGUAAGGAAUUUUUCCUCGAAGGCCGGCGCCAUGCUUAUGCUGUUCUCAACUACUACAUUCUCAACUGUUGCAUGAAUUUGUGAUGCAAGCGCAGCAAUAUGGAAAGGGGCAAGCUUGCGAGUCUCGCAUCACAAAUUUGCAACAGAGUUAGAUGCUGUUUAGCCCUUCGAUAAUUUGUCGUGCGAAGCGCCUUAAUCUUCUGGCGACUUAUGGGAAUUUUGCAUGACAAAUCAUGUAACACCAGUUGAGAGUGUAACAGUUGAGAGCGCCAUAAUGCUCCGUCAGGUCACGGCCGAUACUGCCUGUUCGCCCGCAGAUAUGUUGCAUGGUAUUUUUCCAUAAUUGUCGUUUUCUCCUACCUUCUCGUUGUUGCCAUGGCAUGGCACCCCCCCUUGGAAUUCCUCACUGCAAUCUAGCAAUGUGAACUUGAACAACGGCAACAUGUUGACUCAGAACCAGAAGACUUUCGACACAACUCCAGGUAACAAGAACUCCUUCAACCUCAACGCAAAGAUGAACCACUACGAGCAGCAGACCAGGAAGCCUACGACGUCGACCACAAGCGACGGCUUUUUUCGGCCAGUCAUGUUCACCAGUAGUACUGCUCCUGCGCCGGCGGGCAAAGGUAGCAAUUAUGUCACGACCAAGAACAAAGCUGCGUCGAAAAGCGCUUUCUCUACUUCCUCGGAGGACGAAGCGAGUAAUCCGCGGAGCAAAAGAAAAAUUCACCUCGAUGUUGAUAACAACAGGAAAAUAAACCAGGCUCGGCACAGCAAUUCUUCUAGCAGUGCAAAGUCGGUGGACACGUUUACGACUUUCAAGAAACCCGCAAUAAUUUGGAACAACUUCAAUCAGAGAAUGGAGUCGUCCGAAGAAAAAGAGAAACAAAUGAAACAUAACGAAGAUCAAGAUGCGUACAAAAAAAUAAACGCAAAUCUACUGAAGAGCGAUGUUGAAGAUGAGCAAGGGCAAUUAUCCGAUUUUUCCCUAGACGAGGACGAGGAGAUCAGCAGCCGCUUUUCAUCGUCCUCGUCCCACCUGCGGCGUAACAAGUUCGGCCAACAGUUCCCACCCGUGCCGCUCGCGCCAGUGCGGAAAAAAUCUUUUCAGCUCCCCUCGGAGAAGCGGCGACAAGAGCAGGAGGCGCAGCAGGGGAAAGGGAAAUUAUACGGGGACGAUCAUGUUGCAAGCGACGUCACUAGCAAAAAGACCACCGGAGCAAGGCCGCACCCCUUUCCAUUACCAAACCACGCAAGCCUGGACGAGCAACAGAAGCGGAAAAACGAAGUGAGCAACAAGUUUUUGACGGGAAACCUCGGGUUUUCGAAAAACCUGCCGAAAAAAGUGCAGGUAAAGCCGUUUGUGUUCACGACAGCGUCCGCUUCACCAACCGCUGCUGGUUCGCCGGUGAACAACUACGACGGUGGUACUAAAUCGAUGAAUUUCAUUAAGUCAUCGACGGACCAGCACCUCCCGCAAAAAAAACACAUCAAGUAUAGCAAUAAUUAUUCAACAUCGCCGAACAAGAAGAAGAACAAUAAACCUCUAACGCGGAAAAGCCGCUCCUCCGUUCAACUAGACCGCACCAAUCCGGCUAAUCGCGUGUGGCUCAAUCCUAAUAAUCAUGCUGGUCAUCAUGAUGUUGAUUCAUCGGAGAAGAAAGCGGCCAGUAGCUCCGUACCAAUCAGCGAGGGACGGGAAACGGACCAGGAUUUUCUUGGCGAAACCGCAGAAGAUGAGCAUAAUGCACAUCGAGAGCAAACAAACCAAAAAACGCGAUAUGCGGCGAAGGAAAAGCAACAGAAAAACUUAUUCUACGCACACAACAACACGACUUCGAGAUCAGAAGACGGCCGCAAAAAAAAUCACGUUCAGGAUUCAGAAGAUUAUCACUCCGCUACUUCAAAGAAUGACUACACUGCAACAAGACCACAAGCAAAUUGUUCCCACCUCCCUACGUGGAUGUUGAACAGCGGCGCCGCAGCGACGAGAAACACCCAUGAACCACCGCAAAACUUUCAAACAGGGGCUGCACACAAUCUUCAGCCAAGUUUUAUCCGCGCAAAGAGCUACGACCGGAAGGUUCACGUUAAGAAAUUCUCUUUCCGCCCGUUGGAUUGGCAGCCCGAAGAGCUGAAGUUGCGGGAUUUCCAGUUCGACUUCAAGCAAAGUUGCAUCCAGGAAACGCGAAACUCCAAUUCUUCUUCCGGAGUUUCUUCUUCCGCGCACGACGAGGGCCAGUCGGCUUUUGUCACUGCGAAGGAAGAGGACAACAACUACGUUUCAAGGAUGAAAAACUAUCCUGGUACUGCUGCUGGUGCUGGUCGUGGUUGCUCUUCAAGUAGUUCUUCUCAAAUAUCGUCUUCGUCUGACGAAAAUCAGCCGCGACGUCGCGCUGGCACUGCAGCUGCUACAACAGGUAGAAGUUCCCGAUCGAAAGUUCGCUUUUUGCAACAACAGGUAGAAGUUCGCUUUUUGACAGACGCGCAAGCUCCGUAGCGGUGCCGAGGGGAAGUCGUGCGAAUGUCGGACCAAGCAUUGCGGCCCUCUGUGUGGGGUAUAGCUAGUAGAGGGCCAAACGAGGACCCCUCCGCCCUUGUCUGCCCCAAUGUCGCGAGAUGUUGAAUCAGGUCGGAAGAGGGGCGGGGGAAUGGACCGACCUGAAGGCCACAGUUUUGCAAAGUUUUGGAAAUAUCUUUCCCCGACGGUAUUGCGUGACACGCACUCACUGCGUGUCAAGUGCGUGUCACUCUUCACGCCUGUAUUCUCGCCACCAGCGAUUCGGUAGUGCGUGUCAGUGCGUGUCACCAGAUUUAGGUGCAAAAAGUGACACGCACUGACACGCACUAGAUGCGUGUCACUACCAUACCGUGCAGGAAUGAGACAACGCCUGUUGGGUUUUGGUCUUCCCCGAUGGUAUACGGUGACACGCACUGAGUGCGUGUCACUUUUUGCACUAUAUUCUGGUGACACGCAGUGACACGCAAUGCGGUACGCAAGUGACACGCAGUGUGACACGCACUGCGUGUCACUUGCGUAUCACUUUGCGUGUCAACUGCGUGUCACUUUUUGGACUCAACUGCGUGUCAACUGCGUGUCACUUUUUGGACGUUUUGCUUGUCUGAGCGUGUUCAUUUUUUUGCGCCUUUUCUUCCCGAAUUCGACUGCCUUUUUUUGCGCCACAUUCUGCUUUUUUGAACAACAGAAAAUACGGCUUUUUUCUGUACUUUGGCAGCUCCAAGUUGAAGAAAAAGGCCGCGCUGUGUGCUUUGCUGCAGAAAGUACUCAAGACCGGCGCCCCCGCCCUCCCUGCUGGCGGGGGUUGGCCGGCAUGGGAGAGAGCACGAAGCGCCCGGAAAAGGGAAAAGAGGCCUUUUCCUGAAACUUGGCGGCCCGAAGUUGCAGAAAAAGGCCUCCAAAUAAUUGCCGCGAGCAAGUGCGCGCGCUUGGUCUGACUUGGCUUCUUUGGCUCGGGCGAUGCUUCCUCGCUAUUGUUGGGCGCGCAGCUGGGGGCGCGGUUGGGUGCAAGCCGGCUUCUUUGCUGCGAUAGCUGCGAAGAAACGAAAAGAAGGGCUUUUUCUGCAACUUGGCGGCCCCAACUUGUUGAAAAAGCCUGUCAGGCGAGACUUGCUCUGGAUAACACUCGGAAGGAACGCAACGAAAUAUUUUCGAAGCAAUUCAAUUGACGCUCCCAUACUGGCACUGCAGCUGCUACAACAGGUAGAAGUUCCCGAUCGAAAAUGAAAGACACUCGCCCUACUCUCCUCCACCACUACCUAGAUCCGGAAACCUGCAUUCAGAAAGUCCGUUCAAGACGGGCGAGUCAGCAGAGUGUUCUUGACGUGAAGAGUCAGCGGAACUUUGUUUUCGAAGAAGAUCGGCGGAAAAUUGGGGCGGACCGCGAAGAGUCUGCUUCAUCAGUUCGCCGUGGGAAGAGAAAAAGCAAAGCAGGAAGGAAAUCCGCUUCCAGAGGAGGGCACGACCAGCAUCGUCGUGCUGGCCACAGAGGAGAUGUUGAUCAUGCCAGUGAACAGAGAAGCGAGCAUCGGAAGUCCGGCCGGGCCCGGCGCCGGCCUUCUCCAGAAGAAGAAGAGCAUAAUGAGCAUGUUGGUGAUCCGCAACAGGGCGGCCGUCGUGGGGAGAAAAGAAACGGGCAAGAGCACCACAAACCGCCCCGCAAAAGUUCCAAGACCAUGCCGAGUUCUCCAUCUGGAGCUGCGGUGCGGAAGAAAUCCUACAAAGAGUUCGGGAACAACUUCUACACGUCGCCAAACUCGCCGAGUGAUAUUAAGCUUAAGCGGGAAAAUAAAACUUCUAGCCCGGCGCCAGCGUCAACAUCCAGGGCACCAGAGAUGAGCAGAAGCGAAAGGAGGCGUCGGCGCAGAAAGUCGCAUCGGCACGCUUCUGAGUGCGGAGGACUACAGGAGGAACAACAGCAGCCAAAAAGCGCGGCAAGCGAAAACAAUAAGAAGAGUCCGGCAAAACAGGGCGCAGCUUCCAUUAUGCCAAGUCGAGCCAGAAGUAGGGACGUGGAUGAAGAACAAAGUCCACAGAAUAAUUAUUCAAAGACUGAUUUGGACAACUGCGAGGACAUGCUGAAUAGCUCCACCACCAGCCGCAGACCGCCCUCCAACGAAAGCAAUUUCCGUGCCCCAAAUCGCUCGCGAGCGGGAACCAGCGUCGGGCCGACAAUGAACAAUAAACAGUCCGAUUCAACAACAUCUGCACAGCAGUCCACCUCCGCGAGCAGUGCCACGUAUGAACUGCAAAAGUAUCGUACUAGUACAAAUUGCAUUACAAAUUAACUUAGCAUUACAAAUUUAAAUUUGUAAUGCGGAUUUGCCUUAACAAAAAGAUUUGUAAUGCAUAAACGCAAGUAGUACGAGUACGAUACUUUUGCACAGGAUACCACGACACCAAGAGCUCUGGUCCCCGGUGUUGUUCCGAUGCCGCCGUUAUCAAAUGCAAAAAUGUCUGGGUCUGGAAGAAUGCAGAUUUUUGUCAUGGUGUUUUUGCUUGACACAGAAGGUCUGUCAUGGAAAGCCUAGCAUCACAGAUUUCGAGAACGUUCCGCAAUGCUUAAUCCGCAUGACAAAUCCCCCUGUUUGGUGACAGAAAGUGGGAACCUUUUUCUGCCUAUGCAUGAGAGAUUUGCGCGUGUUGUGGAAUUCGCAUCACAAACUCGGAUUCUUCCAGACCCAGACGUUUUUGCAUUUGAUAGCCGUAUGGUGCGACCUACAACGUGCCCAUUCCGACCCCCUGGCCGAACGCGGCAUUUAAUGGUACUAUCCCGAGGGGGUGCAGCGGGGAGUCCGCAAAGGAUAUUAGACCGCAGCAGUUACCGACGUCGAGCAAGACGGGCGAAGAUGAUGUCGAAGCAGUGGAGCUGCAAGUAGACCCUCGUCUUGUUCAAAACGGCCUUUUGCAGCAGGAGGCAGACGUAGAAUUGGAAGACAACGUGAUCGCCAGCUCCGAAUCUCGCAGAAAAACGCUGUGUAAUCCGGAGACAAAAACUACAAACAUGAAUUCCGCAACUGAGACCUCAAAUUUGGUCAACAACGCCACCCUGCUCGAUGCGAACGAGAACCGGAUUUCUGACAUCCCACUCCAUCCCUCCUCCCGAAACGUCGGGUUCUCUGAUUUGCAAUUCGAGGCCAGCCCCGUGGAAGAGCAAAGCGAGACGUCCUCUUCAACGAGAAAUCAGCGAGAGAAGGCGAAUAUCCAGUGCAAAUAUGUCUGGGUCUGGAAAGAAUGGAAUUUGUGAUGCCAACCUUCGAUGAUACAAAAACCUGUAUUGCAUGAGCAGCAAACGGCACUCAGUUUUUGCUAGUCUGCGAAAGCAUUUUUUCUCAUGCAGUAUAGGCGUGAGAAAGCCUUCACAAAACCUGUAAUGCUAAAGCAUGCAUCACCGACAUUGCAGGUAAAAUUUGCAUGGCAAACUCCCCCAAUCUUCCAGACCCUGACAUAUUUGCAAUCCAUAGCGAAGGCAGCGAAGCGAGUUUCCUCCUCCUCCACCGUUGUUGUAGCGCCGGACGAAGUAUCCGUGUGCAAAAGUAUCGUACUCGUAUUGCAAACAUGCAUUACAAAUCUUUAUCGCAAGGUCAAUCCGCAUUACAAAUUUUCUCUCUAAUGCUGUAAUGCAUUUAUAAGAGUACGAUACUUUUGCAGGUCAUACGAAGUAGAGGGUCCGCCGCGACGAGCGAGACACCAGUUGCCCACACCCGGCGCGAUGUCGCAGGGGGGACAGUCGGAAGGUAUAUUAUAUUGGGUUUUCUGAUACAUCAGUGUCAGUGUCGGCAUUCUUCUUGCAUGAUGACAAGGAGUUGUUCUUGACGUAUGCUUGGCAUGGAAAAUUCAAACACAGCAACCAAAGAACUCAAUACAUCUUCAGGUCUCACCGACGAUCUUUACAGCUACAGUGUUUUUCUCGCUACCAACGGCGGAACAAUCUUGUCUUCCGACGGGAGCAGUUCGACCACCUCCACUUCUUCCAGUCACACACGAAAGGAAAUGCUGCAGCAAUCUGUUGUCCCGUUUCAGCACCCUUUUGUCGCGGGUGGCGGUACCACUACAACGUAUAGCAGUUACGGAGCAAAUGCAAAUCAAAAUCUAAUGAACAAAACGCGCCAGCCGCCACCGAAGCCCGGCAGCAGUGCGACGAUGAGCAGCAGAUCUCGCCACAACAUGAUCAUGCCCACAAUUAACGACAACGAACUUUCUGGUGAGCAAAUUUCCACCGAGAACAAUUCUUGCAAUAAGCAGAACAGCACUGUGUUGAUUUUGAACCGCGCUUUGCCACCCAGCACAGUUAACACGUCGUCCAGCGCAAGUGCAACUACUUCCAGCUCCUCUUCCGGUCAGAUUCACGACAGCAUGAUCGUCGAUUCCGGACCACCUGAUGAUACAUCUAAAGAGAAAAAGCUCCUCCUGGUUCCCAGCCGCAACAAGAUGCUCUUCGUCACGGGCAAAGCGCCCUACCGCGGACCGCCGGCCUGUUUCAAAAAACCGCCGGAGCUGAUUGGAGUGCCGAAGAGAAGGCCCACGACCGGCUCGACGAUCGCAGAAUCGUUCAAAAGCUUACUGAAGAUGAAGAGCAGUACCAGUGCGAACAACGAAUCUACCGCGUCACGGACGCGAAGCGCGUCGCCGGGUGCUUCUACUUCUUGCAAGAACGGGGGGAAAAACAACAAUCAGUUUUUCACCAGCUCCAAGAUGAACCGGCAAAUUGUCGGGGAGCACAAGCAGGCACAGGAAACAACAGCUUAUUCCGCUUGUUGGCGCAGUAGAACCAAAUCAUCGCACGAAGACUGCUCUCACCGACGCGACGCUCCUCCCGAUGAAGUCUGCCUCCUUGACGAGGAAUGGCAGCGGGUUGACGCGUGGUUUCGGCUACCGCAAGAGCCGACGAUUUUGCAGGCGCAGAAGGUGAAGUCGCCCGACGGCGUGUCCGAGCAGUGCUGUGCCGUGGACCGCUUGGCGAGUAUACCAGUGGAAGUUCACUUCGGGGAACGACCAAUAAUAUCGAGCAAGAUGACAACCAAUUGCGCUGUUUGAUGCGAUCUACCUUUGGCUAUGCCACGAACUUAUUGACACUUCCAUCUAAGACAGAGUAAGAUUAACAACAUUUGACCAUACCAGCACUAGCACGGCCUUUCUAUGGAUGCCUUUUGUUUUUUCAAGAAAUAAUCCGACUGUAGUCACGAUGAGCUUAGUCUGUGACCGUGUGAUAAAAAACCAAGACCAACCCCCUUCUUUCGUUUCCUGUUUCUUGCCCACUUUGAAUAAUUGCUGAAGAUUCUACUGUGCUUCGCUUGUGAUCCUACUGAUAUGCUACAUCUUCAUCCAAUCUGAACAUUCUUGCGCCAGCCAACACGUAUUCAAAAUUUCUUGCCUAUUGACACGUAUAAGUUCAAGUCUGAGUCAGCAUCGAGUCGGGUUAGUUUUUACUUCGUCUUGCUUAUUGAAAGAAAAUCUUACCUUCAGGUAUGUCGCAACAUUUCUACUAACAGCCUGUCUUGUCAUACAGUCUUACAACAUCUUGAAUUCUCGAAAUUCACGGCAGAUGAGGUGGCGCCAUGACAUUGUUUCUUUGAAUUUUUACAAAUUGUCUUUUGUCACUUGAUAAUAUGCCAGUGCCAUCAUCUUAUUUAUCCAUUUAUUUUCGCUCAGGAACAGAGCUAUCGUACCCACAGACAAGAACCCACGUUCCGACUUCUUGUUGGUAGCAGCCCUCUGCAAGAAUGAAGGUGAAACGUCGGCUUCCAACCGUAGCUCGUUCGCCUCAAUAGAAGUAUUUUCGUCCUGCUUCAGCUAACUCAAUACAAGCCCGAGGUAGUACUCCCACCUGCACUUCUGCAACGGGCGAGAACAAAGCUCGUCUUCAUCACCAGGCCAACAAAAUAAGUAGAUCCUCCUCAGCGCUUCAGAAAAAAUUAAACUCUAGUCCCGCCUUUGAAUAAAAAGUUGAUAUCAGCUACACCGGGGCUGAACUUUUUAUAUUUUCCGGACAAUUACUAUCUGAACGUGAACACAGAUAAAGAUAGACUCUAUCUUGCGCAAUAAGUAAUUCAUUUUUUACCUCGCAAAGGAGCUGUACUGUUGUCCACGUGAAAUUAAUUGUAAAUUAUCCAAGAUUACGAGGUUGGUGCCUUUGUUUACCGAAUCUGGUUCAGACGGUGUUGGAACGCAAGCAAAUCAGGUGUUCGCUGUGACUGUGGCAUGGCACCAUCUUCAACCGCUUCAACCGCAACCCGGGCACUAUCGACGACGCGACGAAGUCAAAAGGAGAAGGAAAGAAAGAGCGAGUUUUUGAGAGUAAGACGGACGGAUAUUGUCGUCGCAUUAUAUACCAUUGGCAUUGAUUAAGUAACAAGUUGACGAGCAAUUUUGAUGUGUCGGAGUUUAUGCUCCAUCUUGUUUUUCUACUUCUUGACUGAUUAGC